CAUUUUCGAAUGGCAUCCAUGGAGGGACAAUCGGUGUCCAGAAAAGUCGAGGACAUCGCUCCGCCUCAAUGCCUGUCCACCGUGCGUCUCCAUGAGAUGCUGCUAGAUGGUACUAUUGGAGAACGUGGAGUCCUCGCAUUGGAGUCAGACCGUCGUCUCAGCGGCAAGUAUCGAGGCCUAAGGAGCUGCGAUGAACAGUUCACCGCCUUGGUCAACGGAGACUCAGCUUCCAGCCAGGAUGGCCCCAAGGACACCGACGCCGCACCGAAGCCGCCGCAGAUGCUGUACGGCGAGUACCUCAACUGUACCGGCACAGCGCUCUGUGAGAAGCCUAUUCUUGAGUGGAAAGCCUGUAUCAGCUCGGUGCUGGCAGGGCAGAAGCAUAUCCGCGACUGUGCACAGACCAAGAGACACUUGGAGCGCUGUAUGCGCAGCAAGAGCGAGGAGCUGCUCCGAGCCUCACAGCCCCAAGUGUUCCGACCCAAAGCUACCCCAUAGACCCGAUAGAACGCACAAAACACACACAGUUUGGCUUUGAUUUUGUAUCUGUUUCUGGUUUAAAGCCACGAUGGGGACAAACAACACGCGAUAAGAGUAGACUGUCUGCUAUCUUAGCAGCCACACGCGCGCCGGUCUUACGUGAAGGAAUUUCUAAACAAUCUGGUACGAGUCCGUGGAGAGCAGCUUCUCGAACCCAAACGCAAUGGGCGAGCCGUCCUCGAUCUUCUGAACAGCCUCCACCUGUACGUCGCUAUACACGCUGCGCGAAAAGAACGAGACGGAGAUGGGGAAGAACGCGUCCAUGUUGUUGCCGCGAAUCGAGAACUCCAGCGUGCCCGAAUUGUUCCUUUAAAAAGGUAACAAAAAUUAGUCCACAAACAGAGGAAUACUUUAGACCUAAAUACGUACGCAGAGCUGAUCUGGUCCUGAU